CGACAACAAGCGCAGCCGCAAAAGCGCCGUUUAUUUUCAGCUGGACUUUUACUGAUUUAAUAGAUAACAUUUAGUUUUAAAAAGAAGGCGAAUGGAGACAAUAAACAAACGGCCUAUUUUCCCCUGGUACAAGGAGAGGUUGCAGACAAAGUAUCUUAAAGCCCCAAACAAGCAGCCCUCGGUCAGCACUCGCUGGCAUUUUCUAAACACGAGCCUCGAUGACUUCAGUGGCUCCCAGAGUGGCCCCUCACCGCUUAUUUUCCAGGGAACUCCACACCACAGCUCCAGUCAAAAGCCUAGAAAGAGCCUCUCCAAGGAGCACGCCUGCUUCUCAAAGCAGAUGAUCCAAAAGCAGAUCCGCAGAGAGUAUGUGGCCUCUGUGGAGGAACAACUCAAACAGCAUCCUCUCACUAUGUACCCUCACUAUAAGGAUCACAUGACGCCUGAGUUAUUUGAUCAGGUGGUGUCCAUAUUGGACCCAGAUAUGUGCAUAAACAGCGCGUCUGCACUUCCUGCGCCUACGGGAGACCAUGCAGAGGUGGAAGAUGAGGAAAACAGUAGAGAGUCAAGUGAGGAGGAAGUGUUUGGACACAAAAAAGAAACAUCUGCCACAAAAAUCAGCACUGAUGUACAAAAUCCAAGCAUCAGAAACCCUCAUAUACUACAAAUGAAUGUAAACAAUAUGAAGAAAGACCGGGCGGUCACACUGGAUCCACUGAGCACCCAUGAAGAUGCAAAAACAGCUGCUAGAUGCUUCAGAAAAUGGAUGAAAAGAGACUCUGACAACAAUGGUCUCUCCGGUCGGGAAUCUUGCCACAGCAACAAACAGGAAGGACAAUUAUGUGACAAAAGCCUCUGAAUCAAAAAGGCCUAAAAGAGUGAAGGUCACGAAAAGCUGGAAACCACAAGCUGAUUAGAAAAACCUGUCAGCGUCUACAUAUGAACCGCUUCAAGACCCAGGUGAUAAAUCUAAACAUGAGAUAAGAAGAGGACUUCUACCCACUGCAAAGUCUCAAGAUAAACAUCUUCCCUCUCGUGUGUGUUUAACACGGCAGGUUUGACAACAACACGAGGAGGUGAGACAGACAAACAGUCGACAACGAGCUGCCACAAACACACAUGUUGGGUCACCUUUGUAUACAGCAAAUCUGCUGCAAAACUAUACUAUAACAAGAGGAGAAAAAGAAGUGUGUGUCUUGUUUCAGACAGUAGUUUCUAAAUGAUCUUAUUUCAAAACAGGAACAAAAACUCCAGGAGAGACAGAUGUGUAGGUGUGAGUGUGUCUGAGUGUAUAAAGGAAACAAAAACAAUUAAUUACUGUUUGAAAGCAGAGACUUCACAUUGUUUGAAAAGUGUCUAAACUUAGAGCGAACUACCAGUAAACUGUAGGCACCGCAUUAACAAUUUCUUCCUGUUUAUUCUGUUUGUAUCCUGCUUGUUGUUCUGUGUCACGAUCAGCUUUACAAUUCCAGUUUGCAUUGAACACAGUUCCAAGUACCUCCAAGUGUGCAAAUGUAUGAUAAAUCUAAACAUGAAGAGUAUUAUUUU